AUGGCCGACGCUUCCUCCAACCCGCGUGUCAGUGCGCAGUACCUGGACGCCUUUGUUGGUCGCAACGUCAUCCUCGUCGGCAAGGUCACCCAGCUCCGAGGCGACACGGCCAUCAUUGACUCGGAUGGCCCUGUGACGGCCGUCCUCGACCGCGACGCCCACCUCAACAACGGCAGCGGCGCCCAGGUCAUCGGCAAGGUCAACCCCGACCUGUCAAUCAAGGUCCUCACCUCGCGAGACCUCGGCCCUGAUGUCGACUUCAAGCUCGCCUCGGCCGUCGUCGAGGCGACCCAAAACUUCAAGCCGCUGUUCGUCUACGAAGGAAAUUGA